AUGCCCUCCCGCACCCCUGUCAGGAGAACAGGUAUCAAACUACACGAUAAUGGCGAACGCGACGAGCAUGGAAUGCAGCCAAUGGGUGGCCUUUUCUCUUCGCCAGAGACUAACGACGAACUUCUCGAUGACGACACAAAGCCGGAUGAGCAGGACAUCAGAGUGCCAGCUCCUGCUAAUGUGGUGUAUCUGGAAGGCCCCGAAUCUGGAAUACCAAACCAAGACUCCCGGUCUCUAAGCUCUUCUGAUCUCACGCGCGACGUGUUUUCCAUUGGGGACACGUCCAUGCUCGUGUCGACGCCUGGUCCAUUACCAAAGAACCGAAACACAAUACAGCAGACUACCGAAGAACGACGAAUGUUGUCAUCAGCAAACACAAAAUCAAAACGGCCGAUUGACAGGCGUAGCAUCAGACUACAGCACCAGGGCAAAGGUCCAGAUUCAAACCAAAAUGGCUCGCUCGGUGACAAUAAAUCAAGCAAGGUGGGCCGCCGUCCGACCUCGCAGGCUUGUAGUCAGUGA